AUGAAAGAGCAUCAACAUGGAAAGGGAAGGCAGAGGACUGAGUCAGAACAGCCAAGAAACACAGAGGAGAAUCAGAAGAGACUGACAUCAUGGGAGCCGAAGAAGAGCAAGUUUCAAGAAGAAAAUAGUCAUUACUGUCAAGUGGUGCCUGGUGGCCAAGAAGGACCAGUCAAUGGAAUUGGCAAUAAGGAGGAGCUAGUACUCCCCCUGUGGGCCAACACCACAGAGUCUUGUUCCCACGAGCCAGGAAGGGAUCCUCAGGAUCCCCAACUCCUUUCCUGGUUGCCAAACGAAUUACUAGAGUUAUCUCUGAAAACCAUACAGUGGUCCACAAUGACAUCCAUGCUAUUCUUAGAAACAGUUGAGCCAUUGGGUGAAGCUGAAGGCUCUGGAAUCUUUUCCUUCAUGUGGCAACAGCUUGUUUUUCCUGAGGAGGCUCAGGGGUGCUUUUCUUGGGCUCAGGAGUGCGGCCUGUGUGGCUUGGAUUGCUUAUUCCCUGGGAGGGCACACACUGAACCCUUUGGAAAUGAAGCAAGAGGACAUGGAUGAGUGGCAGGCAAAGAGGGAAAAACAGGACUGGAGUUCUUUAGGCAACUGCUUUAUUUACAGCUCUGA